AUGUUCAGAAAUAACUACGACAACGAUUCCGUUACUUUCUCGCCGCAGGGUCGAAUAUUCCAGGUCGAGUAUGCAUCGGAGGCUGUGAAGCAGGGAAGUGUAGUUGUGGGAAUAGUAAGCAAGACGCAUGCUGUGCUUGUUGCUUUAAAGCGCAACGCCGAAGAACUCUCCUCGUACCAAAAAAAGGUCAUCGCCAUCGACGAGCAUCUCGGCCUAGCACUCGCCGGCCUCGCCUCCGACGCCCGCGUUCUCUCCAACUUCAUGAAGCAGCAAUCGCUAUCCUCGCGCCUAACCUACGGCCGCGCCAUCCCCGUCGAGCGCCUCGUAUCAUCGAUCGGCGACCGCGCUCAGACAAACACGCAGCACUACGGCAAGCGGCCCUACGGCGUCGGGCUGCUGGUCGCGGGCGUCGACGAGACGGGUCCGCAUCUAUUCGAGUUCCAACCGUCGGGCAUGACGCAGGAGAUGGCGGCGUGUGCGAUUGGCGCGAGGAGCCAGAUGGCACGCACGUAUUUGGAGAGGAAUUUGGAGAAGUUUGGGGCCUGUGGCAGGGAGGAGUUGGUGGUGCAUGGGCUGAAGGCGUUGAAGGAGAGUUUGGCGCAGGAUAAGGAGUUGACGGUCGAGAAUUGUAGUGUGGGUGUUGUGGGGUUGGGAAAGGGGGGGAAGGGUCUAGAGGGGUUCAAGCUUUUUGAUGGGCAGGAGGUUAAGCAGUGGGUUGAUCUUGUGGCUGAGGGGGCCGAGGAGAAGGAGGGUGAAGGUGAAGAUGAAGGGAUGGAGGUUGAUUCGUAG